UGCCCACAGUUAGCCAAUAAAAUGUUUAUGACAUGUACAUAAUUAUUUCUCCAUGCAGACUCAUCCAGGUCCCAAGCCCACUGUGGCAGUCACUCUAGCAAAACUGAAACAUUGUCCUCCUCUUGAGAAUGAAGUGUCUCCUCUGACGAAGGCAGUUCAUGUGACAGCUGCUCUGGUCCUCAGAAAACUGUGUCGAAUGGCUCCCUCCACUCACUGGUAUACAACACCUCUUCCCUGUUUUGUUUAUUCCUCUUUUAGUACAUUUAUCCUAACACCCACAUGUUCUAUAUACAUGUAUAAUCCCUCUCUUACUUCAUUACCCUCAUUCCCUCUCUUUCCUCUCUCCCAACAGUCAGAUAAGGAGACAUGAACACAGACUGAGUGAAGUGGCUCUGUCCGACAGAGAAGCUGCUCACGCCAUUACAGAGUGUCUCACCUAUUUAAACCUCCCUCCUUCUCCUCCGGCCCUCUGUCGCCGCUAACCCUCAUUAUAACACUGUCACACAUCAUCAGUUGACUGAAGACGCAUACAGCUCUCCCUAAUGAUUGUAUUAUUACAUUUCAUCAGUCUUCCAACCAGAG